GAGUCCCUGAGCACAUGAUGGAGCCAGGUGCCCGCCUCUCCCCGGAGCCCCUCACUCACCUCGGCCGUCUGGAAGGCGCGGAGGGGCAGCCAGCGAACGCAGCGGAAGGUGGGCGGACGACUCCCCCGUGGCGCUGGUACAGAUCCAACCCACAGCAAAUUGACCCUCUCCGAGAUGGUGUGCGCAGGUAUCUUCAGCAUCCAUCUGACCGGACUGUGCUGAUCCUCCAUGCAAAAGUUGCUCAGAAAUCAUAUGGUAAUGAAAAAAGGUUUUUCUGCCCACCACCUUGUGUUUACCUCACUGGACCAGGCUGGAAACAAAAGAAGGAAGAGAUUAAAGGCAAAGAUCUGACAGAGUCCAGUUCCAAAGUAUGUGGGUAUAUAGGACUUGACAGCAUGGGCAGUAGCAGUGUGGAGAGCCAGAAGCUAAACUUUGAGGAACAGCCAGAUUCCAAGGAAUUCAGCUGCGCCAAAGCUCUGUAUAUUUCGGACGCGGACAAGAGGAAGCACUUCCGGCUGGUCCUGAAGCUCUUCUUCAGCAACGGGCAGGAGAUUGGCACGUUCCACAGCAGGCUGAUCAAAGUGAUCUCCAAGCCCUCGCAGAAGAAGCAGUCCAUGAAGAACACAGACUUGUGCAUUUCGUCUGGAUCCAAGGUGUCCCUCUUCAACCGCCUGCGCUCCCAAACGGUCAGCACCCGCUAUCUUUCCGUUGAGGGUGGCACCUUCAUGGCAAGUGCCAGGCAGUGGGCAGCAUUUACGCUUCAUCUGGCAGAUGAGUUCUGUCCCCAAUCCCGGGGUGAGUUCCCCUUACGGGAAGGCUACAUCCGCUAUGGUUCCAUCGUUCGGCUCAUCUGCACGGCCACUGGCAUUUCUCUUCCUCCUCUGAUCAUUCGGAAAGUCGUUAAACAGUCUGUGAUGUUGGAUGUGGACGAGCCAAUCUCUCAGCUGCAUAAAUGCGCUUUCCAGUUUCAUGGCAGCGAUGGGAUGUACCUCUGCCUCUCGACUGAGAAAGUGAUCCAGUUCCAGGCAUCUCCAUGCCCAAAGGAAGCAAACCGGGAGUUGCUGAAUGACAGUUCCUGCUGGACCAUCAUUGGGACAGAAACUGUGGAAUAUACAUUCAGUGACAGUCUAAACAGCAUUUGGGGUCCUGUGAGCCCCGUGCCUCUCAUCACAGCUCUGGAGCUGACGGGUGGAGGGGACGUGGCAAUGCUAGAAGUGCAGGGCGAGUACUUCUAUGCAAACCUGAAGGUUUGGUUUGGAGAUGUGGAAGCCGAAACUAUGUUCAGGAGUCCCAAGUCCUUGGUGUGUGUUGUUCCUGAUAUCUCUGCGUUUAGCCGUGACUGGAGGUGGCUGAGAUACCCUAUCACUGUCCCUCUCUUGCUACUCAGGAAUGAUGGUCUAAUUUAUUCCAGCCCUUUCAGUUUCACGUACACACCAGAGCAGAGUUUCCUCACUGGACAACCAGUCCUGCUGGAGAUGAUGCAGGAUUCGGACACCUUGCUUGACACCAUCCAUCAAGAGUUCACCCGGACCAACUUUCACCUCUUCAUGCAAAGUUAGAGCCAGGGCUCUGUGAAUGCCAUGAUCGACAGCAGCGCAGGAAAAAGCAGUGAACCCAGAAACCAGCUUCCUAACAACCUUCGUUUGCAGACAUUUAUUUUUGUUUUUCUCCUAAAACUGAAUUCCCUGGGCACUGGAGGAAAAAAGCACAUUGAACACAAUCCUGAUUAGAGAUUUUUCAGAUGACCAAAACAUCUCAGUUUGUAUCCUAGUGCUCAUGCAGAUCCUUCUCAGUUUCUGGUGGUCUAAGAUCCCUCAAAGGCAGGUAGCGAAGUAAAGUAGCUUGUUCAGUGCUUUUAAAAAUUGC